AUGCCGCUCCAGCCUCCUCCAACAGAUAAGCUUUUCAAAUCAGCAGAUGAGGCUUUCCAAGCUCUCCAAGAUCACGCGCGAGAAGAAGGAUAUGCGAUUGUGAAGAAACGCCCUUCGUCGUAUGAAAACAACUUGCCGCGCCGCUACGAUAUUGCGUGCACAUGCGGCAAUGGCGAGUACAAGUCACAGGCAGCCGGGCUGCGCAAAUCAAAAACGAAACGCACGGGCUGCCCCUUCAAGAUGAAGAUUGUGAAAAGGAAGGACACCGGGGAUCAGUGGGUUCCAGGAAUUCUGUGUCCAGAUCAUAAUCACGCUCCCAAUCUCGCGGUGAAUUUUCCUAUUCACCGGCGCGCGGCCUUGACUGAGGAGCAGAGACACAACAUCGAGGUGCUCCUUGAAAAGACAAAACUCUCGGCAAGGGCAAUCAUCGAGCUGAUGAAGAAACAAUAUCCCGAGAUUCUUCUCACAGAAAAAGAUGUCUGGAAUAUACGGCAAAAGAAGAAGAAGUGGAUGGGCGCGGCAGACCUAAAUUCGGAGGUGGCGGAAGCGCUCAAGCAAGCAGGGGUCUUGUAG